AUGACUAUCAAAAAAAAAGUGAAUUACAACGAUUCUAAUUUAAAUAAUGACUCAACUACCAACGAUUCUUCUUUCAUCGACGUCACUAAUUUUUUACAAUGUCAACUAUCGGAAAAUAACGAUUUGGAAGAUACGUUCGUUGAAUUAAAAUCAAUGAAAAAACAGUUCGUUGAGAAUAAGCAUUCUAACGACGAUCGAGUUAAUGAAUUAUCCGAGAAUAAUAUUAAUAAAAAAUAUGGUAAGAUCGUUAAACGAGAACCGAAACGUCGACUCGUGUCGCCUUUAAAAAAAAAUAUCAAAUAUCGAAAAGACACGUCGUCGAGAAGGAUAAAGAAGAAACGUGACCGAACAGAAACGACGAAAAUAGUUUCCAACGAUUCGAAGGAUAAUAAAAUGUUAAUGAGAAAACCGGAAAGAAUUAUUUGCAAUAUGUACGGUGUGACCACGGUGAAUUACGACGAAGUUAGCGAACUUCCGCCAAAUGUGAAAAGAUCUAAUCUGAGUGACUCAACUAGCAUAGUAUCCUCCUCGACUACGGAAGAAAAUCGGUCUCGGUCGUCGAUCCUCGAGUGCUUCCUCGGCCAUGACGAUUUAUACGACAACAUUCUACCGCCAAAACUGAGCGAUUCAAAUUCUAGCACGUCUUCGUCCUCACGGACGUGCGAUACAUGUAGCUCUUGUAGUUGUACUCAAUCUGAUUCUACCCAAGGAUAGAUCGAUUCGUUUUUUUUUUAUAUACGUAUUUAAUUUAUAUACAUAUGUAAACGAUUCAUUACGAACAGGGUAUUGAUCCUUUUCGUUUAUCUGUAACGAUAAUUUUUUUCUUUUUAUUUUUGUAUUAUCCCUUCAGUCACGCAACACAUUGACGAGUUCUUAAGCAAUGUUAAAAAUUAUCGAACGUAUGACAUUUUUUCUUUUCUUUUCUUUUUUUUCUUUCUUUCUUUUAUUCAGAUCGCAAAACUAUUUAUUUAUUAAAAAGUCGUGAAAAAAAAGAGUAAUCGAUUUUUUAAUAUUAUCUAGAAACUUCUGGUCUCGUUUUAUAACUACUAUUACUAUUAACUUGAUAUAUAUUAUGCUAUUAAUUUUACUACAAAAUUUUCAAUUUAUUAUUCCCGAACGAAAUGAUUUUCUCUCUCUCUCUCUCUCUCUCUCUCUCUCUCUCUUUUUUCGUUCGUUCAUUUGUUUGUUUCGGGUUAAACGUAUAUAAAUAGCAGCUGCAUAAACGAGUUUCUUCCUAUCUUCGAUUUGUUAGAUCGAAACACGCUCACGGGAAUAAUCCUGCACAAGUUCUGUUACAAUCGGGAUCAGUAAGGUAGGAGUGCGUUGAGGCGUGGUACACGCCGUCUGCUGCACCUUAUUUUCUUUGCCAAUGUGAAAUAUGUAUACGAGAUUCUAUUGGUUUCCCCUACGAUAUAUUAAGAGAUAGAAAAGAAAUAUUUUUAUCACGUAUAUACAUCGAGAGAAGAAAUUCUUUUGGUCUCGUAUUGACCAUGCUCAUGUAUGAUCUCAUACACACAUACAGACACACAUAACACAACACAACACACAUAAAUUAAAUCUAACCUAAAUCUCAUAUUAACAUACAUAUCUGUCUUGCAAUAAUGUUCAUUUUUGAUAUAACCUUUACGAAAAGUUUGCAAUAAAUUAAUAUUAUAAUUUA